CUCAAGGCCGUCCUCUACGGCACUGCCGCCGCCGCCGCCCUCUACGGCUCGUACCUAUAUGCCACAGAUACCCGGGCCUUCUUCCACCGAUGGGUCGUUCCCCCCGUGCUGCGUUGGGUGUAUCCCGAUGCUGAGGACGCCCACCAUGCUGGUACCACUUCACUCAAGAUGCUCUACGAGCUGAACCUCAACCCCCGCGAGCGCGACACGACACUCAAUUCCCCCGAGCUCUCCGUCUCCGUGUUCGGCACCGAUGUGCAGAACCCAAUUGGCAUCUCAGCCGGCCUCGACAAGGAUGCCGAGAUUCCUGAUGCGUUGUUUGACCUGGGUGCCGGCAUCGUCGAGGUUGGCGGUUGCACCCCACUCCCCCAGGAGGGCAACCCCAAGCCCCGUGUCUUCCGUGUUCCUAAGCUCGACGGCAUGGUCAACCGAUACGGCCUGAACUCUCGUGGUGCGGACGACAUGGCUAUCCGACUGCGGGACCGACUUCGACGAUACGCCCGAUCCAUUGGUGUCACCGAGAAGGAAGUCCUGAACGGCGAGGCCAACGUUCCCCCCGGCAGCUUGCGAGAGGGUCGGCUUUUGGCUGUCCAGAUCGCCAAGAACAAGGAGACAGAUGAGCGAGAUGAGAGGGCUGUGGCUGACGACUACGUCUACUGCGUGCGAAGACUAGCCCGCUACGCUGAUGUGUUGGUCGUCAACGUCAGCAGCCCCAACACCCCAGGUCUGCGAGAGCUUCAGGCUACCGAGCCCCUUACACGACUCUUGACUGCUGUCGUCGAGGAGGCUGCCAAGACUGAUCGAAAGCAACGACCCAAGGUCAUGGUCAAGGUCUCGCCUGAUGAGGAUGAGGAUUCUCAGAUGGAGGGCAUCGUGCAGGCUGUUCAGCUGAGCGGCGUUGACGGAGUCAUUGUUGGCAACACCACCAAGCGAAGAACUGGAGUCAUCCCCGAGGGUGUCAAGCUCACUGCCAAGGAGCAGACUGCCCUCAUGGAGACGGGCGGUUACUCAGGCCCUGCCAUGUACAGCCGAACGCUCGACCUUGUAGGGCGAUACCGCAAGAUGCUGGACUCUCAGUCCUUCAAGGCUGCGGGCGGCGCCCAGAAGGUCAUCUUUGCCACGGGAGGCAUCACCAACGGCGAGCAGGCGCAAAAGAUCCUCAACGCCGGCGCCAGUGUGGCCAUGAUCUACACGGGGAUGACUUAUGGUGGAGCGGGCACUGUGACGAGGAUCAAGAAGGAGUUAAAAGAACGGGUGUAG